CGGUCUGUGCGGCGGUGCUGGUGGUGCCGGUGCAAAGGGGGCGGUCCCGGUGUAUCUCGGGGCGGUGCGCGGCUUGGGGCGGUCCCGGUUCCGGGCGCGGCGGCGCCAUGAAGGACUGCGAAUACCGGCAGAUCCCGCCGGGGGUGGCGGCCCCGGGGCCGGGUGCGAUCACCUCCCCGCCGCCCCCCGCCGCCGCCCCGCCUCGGCCCGGUGCCACCCGCGGGCCCCGCCGCAAGUGGGAGGUGUUCCCGGGCCGCACCCGGUUCUGCUGCGGCGGGCGGCUCCUGCUGGCCCGGCACAGCGGUGUCUUCGCCCUCACCCUCGGGCUCAUCGUGGGCACCAGCGGCCUCUUCUUCGCCUUCGACUGCCCCUUCCUCGCCAGCCACCUGACGCUGGCCAUCCCCAUCAUUGCAGCCCUCCUCUUCUUCUUCGUCAUCAGCUGCCUGCUCCAGACCAGCUUCAGAGACCCUGGGAUCUUGCCCAGAGCCACCCCGAGUGAGGCCGCUGACCUGGAAAAGCGGAUCGACAGCAUGGGGACCUCUACUUACCGCCCGCCAGCCCGCACGAUGGAAGUGGUCAUCAACAAGUAUGUGGUGAAACUCAAGUACUGCUACACGUGCAAAAUGUUCCGUCCUCCGCGCACCUCACACUGCAGCGUCUGCGACAACUGUGUGGAGAGGUUUGACCACCACUGCCCCUGGGUGGGCAACUGCGUGGGGAAGCGCAACUACCGCUACUUCUACGCCUUCAUCCUCUCCCUCUCCUUCCUGACAGCCUUCAUCUUUGCUUGUGUUGUCACCCAUCUCACCUUGCGCUCUCAGAGAGAUGGAUUCCUCAUCACGCUGAAGACGACACCUGCAAGUGUGCUGGAGCUGGUGAUUUGUUUUUUCUCGGUCUGGUCUAUUUUAGGCCUCUCAGGUUUUCACACUUACUUAGUCGCCUCCAACCUGACAACAAACGAAGACAUCAAAGGGUCCUGGUCGAAUAAGAGAGGCUCAGAGUUUGCCAAUCCCUACAGCCAUAAAAGUAUCCUCACAAACUGCUGUGCAGUGCUGUGUGGACCAUUCCAUCCCAGUUUGAUAGACAGAAGAGGAUUUAUCCAGCCAGAUGUCGGGACCCCGUCCAGUCCUAAGAGCGAUAUCCCUUCCUUUGGAGCCAAAACCGACACCAGCAUGGUAGGAGGCAUUCCUUAACAGUGCUGUGAUGUAGCCCAGUGCCUGCGGUGCCUGCACCUCGAUCCAGCCAGUACUGUCCCCUCUCACCAUCUCCCCAGCCUCAGGCAGGACAGCCCUGUGAUGCAGAGCUGCCAAAGACUCAGUUGAGCCAUACGUUACCUUUUUUUAUGUUAUUUAUUUAUUAUUUUGUGUUUACUUGUCUCACUGUGAUGUGGCCUAUCUGGACUCUGGACUGAUAGUGCCCAACAAGCGUGUGAGACCCACAGCUUCACGCGGUUCCUGUUGCACCUGGGAAGCAAACAGGGCUGAGGAGCCAUCAGACCUCUGAGCCUGGAGUGUGGCUGCUCCAGGGCAUCAGGGUUUCCUGCCUGGAGAAAUGUGAUUGGGGCUGGCAAACAGUUCCCACCCUGAGCUGGGCUGUCACUCCUCAUCUUCUGGGCUAACGGAGGCACGAGUUCCCUGGUAUCCCUGUUUUCUCCAUGAACACCUCUUGCUCCUCUGUGCCAACGUGGAAGGGCUGGUUUGUCUCUUAAUGGCUGGGGUUUCACCUCAGCUGCUGCCACAGCAGCUUUCUUUGCUCAGAAGCUGCUGUGCCUUGCUAAGUUGGGGCUGUUCACCUGGGAGGACUCUGGCUCCUGGUAGUUGAGGAAGCUGGCUGAUGUCCCAGCUGCUGCCGAUCCUGUUUUCUGGCUCAUCGCUGAAGGAGUGCUGAAAAAACUCUGGGUGUUUUGGCCCUGGCAGUCAGUAAGAGAAUGUUUGCAGCAAGGACAUGAGUUAGGCUGACUCUCCUUUUAACAGGGAAGAAGAAACACGCAGUGUUCUGCACCUCUCGUAAGGAGAUGCUGGUUGGCAAGGCUACAGUUCUAACAUUUGGGAACUUUAUCCUGCCAGGAAAGUCUGGUUAUGUCCCGUCCAUAGGAGACCAAAAGGGAACAGGAAAGGGGAUGAAUUCUUGAGGGUCCCAGUUUUUUUGUGUGGAGCUUCCCAGAGGAAGCAGUGAGCAGGUGCUGCUCUCUGGUAACCUCACCUUGUGCUCUUGCUUUGGGUUUCUGGCUGGCAGGGUUAUUCCCAGCACCUCAGCAGCGAUUCCCGUGUGCCUGAGCACAUCCAUGAGCAUCAUUCCGGGUUUGCAGAGGCACAGGAGAGCCAGGCUGCGCUUACUGACACUGAAGUGUGCCUGGAAAGGAGUCACAGACCUUGUUAGCAAUACUUGAAUCAUAUUAUUAAAAGCUGCUGGAUAUUUUUGCACAAUUUAUAGGUUUUUUUUCUCUGUGGAACAUUUUUCUAUCCAGAGCAGGGAGCAGAGUGUGGUAGCUCCAGGGCAGAGGCUUGCAGCGUUCUGUGCCGAGCUGUUUGCUCAGGUUUCUGGGGGUCAGAGACAGGGAUUUCAGCCUCAGGCAGAGGCAGCACUGCCAGGAUCAGCCUUUCCCCUCUAAAUUCACCAGCCUUGUGCUUUGCACGCUGUGAGGGACUGCACCAGCCUGCAUGCAGCUUCGUGCCACAGCCUUUACAUUUCGGGCUGGCUGCACAGAGAUCUCGAUGCGUGGUUGCUGUGGCCACAGCUCUGCCUUCACCUCUGCGAUGAGCCGAGGUGAGAACGCAGAGGCUUUGGAAUUUUUACCAGCUCUGGGCAGCUGUCUGGAGAGGCUCCUGGUGCAGCUUCGUGCCAUCCCAUGCACCUGGAGAGGCCGUCCUGCCCUUCUUUCCCCGUUUCUGCCGCAGGGAUGUCCCCAGAGGGGCUUGUCCGUGCCUUUGAGGAGCCUUAUUGCUGCCUUCCAGGGGCAGGCGAGGGGCUGGAGCGAGCAGAGCCGUGCCGAGAGGGUCUGGUGCUGGGGAAUGAGGAGCAGUGCAGGAUACCAGGGGCCAAACAUCUUUCUGUUUUUAUUUAAACCGUUUUCCUUUGUUACUCAACAUAAUAAAAUUCUAUUUUUAAAGAGUUAAUUGUUUGGAUUAUUGUUUUGUUCCUGUAAGACAGAGAAGGACAGUGUUUAACACUUCUCAGGUGGCAGCUGGACUCAUAGCUCAGCUCCUGCAGGAUGGGGACCGUCAGGGAUGCUUGGCAGCAGUUGGAGUGGCUGUGGCUCUUCUAAAACAAAGGGAUUUUUCCAUCCCACAUCUCCAGGCAGGGUCUCAUCCACUUGUCGAUCCCCUUCCUGCAGAAGCCACCACCUCAGCAUCCUUUCCCCACCCACCUCGCUCUGUCCAGGGCUGUGCCAGGCUCUGCAGUCCCCAUGUCUGACCCAGCCCUCUCCAGCAGUACCAGCAGGUGUUGAGGUGCAU